CCUCGAGUCGUUAUCGUGUAAACACGUAAAUUUUCCCGCGCUUCCCCAAAAAUCCGUGAUGAACUGAAUGGACACUUGGUAGCAUUUCAUUCUCAAGAGUGCGUGGUUCUUCUGAAUAUGCUGGAGGAAAAUGAGGAUAUCCACGAUGAAGUGUUCAGUGGUGGUGAUUAAAAUGUGGAAGGAUCGCUUCAAAGGCCAUCGAAUUGAGUGAAUUAAUGUUGCUCAUCCUCACGAUAUUUCCGGUGUGCUCCGGAACGACCAUGUAUUUAGUGAAUCGCUUGUGAUUCUGCAUUGAAAAUCCCUCGCAGUGCUGAACAGUGCGUUUCUGUGAGGAUGUGGAAUGACGGAAUAGCACGCAAUGGUGUUCUCAGUUUACUUCUCCUCGUCAAUUUUGAGUUUGUGGCGUCUCAGUGGCCAGGAAAUGGGAGUCUGCUCAUGCCAGGAGAUGCAUUCUGGUGGGACAAUGGCUACUUCACUCACCAUGUGCGCCACAAGCACAAGAGACACUUCCACCAUCACUUGCACUUGGAUCCCGAGGACUUCCAGCGGUCUGGCCAUUUUCACGUGGCCUCCGUGAUCGAAGAGGCGCCCAGUGUGCCCGACACCAGUCCACCGCCCUGGCCAGUGAAGCGCGAAGCUGUGGUAGAGGGUCAGGUGAUCCUGGGCGGGCUGAUGAUGGUGCACGAGCGCGAGGACAACGUGACGUGUGGCAAGAUAAUGCCGCAGGGCGGAGUGCAGGCCCUCGAGGCCAUGCUCUACACCGUGGACAGGGUAAACCAGAUGAAGCUCCUGCCGAACAUUACUCUGGGCGCGCACAUUCUUGACGACUGCGACAAAGACACAUACGGACUCGAGAUGGCUCUCGAUUUCAUCAAAGGCUCAAUCAGCAACAUCGACGGGGCGGAGUACCACUGCAACAAGUCGCAGGUCCGGAAGGUCAUCUCGGGCGUCGUGGGCGCCGCGUCCUCGGUAACUUCCAUCCAAGUGGCCAAUUUGCUCAGGCUCUUCAGGAUUCCGCAGGUGUCCUUUUUCUCUACGAGUCCUGAGUUGAGCAACAAGCAGCGCUUUGAGUACUUCUCACGAACGAUUCCCUCGGAUCACUAUCAAGUGAAGGCGAUGGUGGAGAUUGUGCGGAGAAUGGGCUGGAGCUACAUCUCCAUCAUCUACGAGGAGAGCAAUUAUGGCUUGAAGGCGUUUGAGGAGCUCGAGGAUUUGCUGGCCAAGCACAACAUAUGCAUUGCCGUGAAGGAGAAACUCUCCAAGGAUUCCGGAGUGGCGCCGGAUGCCACAUAUGACAUGAUCGUCAAUAAACUACAGACAAAACCGCGAGCUAGAGGCGCCAUCAUCUUUGGGUCUGACCAGGAAGUGGCUGGUGUUAUGAAGGCUGUUCGUCGCAACAAUGCCACGGGAUUGUUUUCCUGGAUAGGAUCGGAUGGCUGGAGUGCCAGGAACUUGGUGUCCGCCUCAAACGAGGCUGAGGUGGAAGGCACGCUUUCGGUUCAACCCCAAGCGAACCCCGUCAAGGGGUUCGAGGAGUAUUUUCUUGGAUUGACCGUCGAGAAGAACAAGCGCAAUCCGUGGUUCGUCGAAUUCUGGGAAGAUCACUUCCAGUGCAAGUAUCCCAACAGCUCACGGACGCCGUUCAACAAGGGAUAUGCAGAUCCUUGUAACCGCACGAAUAUGCUGACCAAGAAUGACACGGACUUUGAGGAUCAAUUGCAGUUCGUCAGUGACGCUGUUAUGGCCUUCGCUUACGCUCUGAGGGACAUGCACCAGGACCUGUGCAAGGGAAAGCCAGGACUUUGCGACGCCAUGAAACCGACGAAGGGCGCGGAGUUGCUGAAGUACUUGAGGAAUGUGGAAUUUGAAGGUCUCUCGGGGGAUCAGUUCAGAUUUGACCAGAAUGGUGACGGACCGGCGAGGUACAACAUAAUCCACUUCAAGCAGACCGAACUGGGCAAAUACAAGUGGAUAAAGGUUGGCGAAUACUACGAGGGUGAAUUGAGAAUCAAUAUGUCAGAUGUGCAGUUCAAAUUGGAUCAGCCGAAGCCGCCGGAGUCCGUUUGCAGUUUGCCGUGCGAGCUUGGCCAGGCGAAGAAGUACGUCGAGGGUGAAAGUUGCUGCUGGCACUGCUUCAACUGCACACAGUAUCAGAUUCGCCAUCCGCACGACGAGACGCAGUGUCUCAUGUGCAAGGAGGGCACCAUCCCAGAUCGCAACAAGAAGGUUUGCGAGGAAAUCCCUGAGGUGUUCCUGCGCCCAGAGUCCGGAUGGGCCAUCGGCGCCAUGGCGUUCAGCUCCACGGGAAUGCUGAUUACACUCUUUGUCGUGGGAGUCUUUCUCAGGCACAACGACACUCCAGUUGUGCGUGCUUCCGGCCGGGAGCUGAGCUACGUUCUUCUGGCGGGAAUCCUGAUGUGCUACUUCGUCACAUUCGCGCUGGUCUUGCGACCCACAAAUCUUGUGUGCGGUAUCCAGAGAUUCGGCGCCGGAUUCUGCUUCACUGUGGUCUAUGCUGCCCUGCUGACCAAGACGAAUCGCAUUGCGCGCAUCUUCAAGGCGGGCAAGCAGUCGGCGAAGAGGCCCUCAUUCAUCAGCCCGCGCUCGCAGUUGAUCAUCUGCACGGGCUUGACGUUCAUUCAGGUGCUGAUAAACGGCGUGUGGAUGGUCAUCUCGCCCUCCAGGGCCAUCCAUCACUACCCGACGCGUGACGACAACCUCCUGGUGUGUGACUCGUACAUCGACGCUUCCUACAUGAUAGCGUUCUCCUAUCCGAUUGUCCUCAUUGUCAUCUGUACAGUGUACGCCGUGAUAACACGCAAAAUUCCAGAGGCAUUCAAUGAGUCCAAGCAUAUCGGAUUUACCAUGUACACCACAUGCGUCAUCUGGCUGGCUUUCGUGCCGCUAUACUUUGGUACAGCGAACCACGUUCCCCUGAGAAUAACAUCAAUGUCUGUUACGAUAAGUCUAUCAGCCAGCGUUACUGUGGCGUGUCUGUUUUCCCCAAAACUCUACAUCAUCCUGAUUCGUCCAGAGCGGAACGUACGCCAGAGCAUGAUGCCAGUGCGAUACAGCGCCAUCAAUAAGACCACCAACUCUGGCCAGUCGAUGAUGGCGGCCGUGAUGGUCACUGCUGCGACUUGCAAUCAAAAGGAGAAGAUCCAGAAGCAUGUGCCUCCAACCACAGUGGAAGAUUGCGCCACCCAAGUUGCAACCCUGCGUUUCGCAGAAAUAUCCACCCAAACGGUUUUGGCGGGCGAACUGGUGCUCAAGGCGUACGACGACGCAGUGACGAAGAAUGGCUCUCACCGCAACAGUCUCAUCGGCAACAAUGUCGUGAACAACAAUCGCAUCGAGACCACAUCAUCAACAUCGAAGGCACUGCGCGAUGAUGCGAACUUUGCAAAUACAGCGCGAGAUUCAUCAAAUUCUGUGAUCCAAUCGUCUGCCAAUGUGGAAAAUGUCGUGUUAUAGCAUCGGGGCAGUUUGUCAGACAGCGUGAAGUCGAAGAAGCGCGAAGCAAUCACCGUCUGAGCGUACAACACCCCGAAGACUUUUCCCGGAAGGGUGUGUGGAUAUUUAUUUUUGUAUCUUGCCCAGGCGUUCUUCUUCUCUAAGGCAUAUCUCUAUCGACAUUUUCCACGGAGAACAAACACUGAAGAAGUUGUGUUUUUGACAAAAGGCUUCUCUCUCUUGUGCUCAAAGGACAUCACUGUUAAUGUUAAGGGUGUUAAGAUUAAGCGUGAAGGCGAUGUUUCGUUUUUCUGUGACACAGGAAAUUUACGAUAAAUAGGAAGAUUGUAGGUUAUUUGCCAUUGAAUUUAUAUAAAUGCUAAUGAUAGGAAUUAUGUAAAUUGACGGGGGAUCAAAAGGAUCCCAUUUACAUUUUAAUACAAGUGUUGCAUUAUUAAUUGUUCACUCCCCGUCUAUCGAGAGAUGCUGUUCUUUUGCCAAUGACACCCCCCAAAUGUUAACCUUUCAAUCCUCCGUCGCUCCUAAACGUAAACAGAGUUUAAGGCAUAGGCGUAGAUAAUUAUUGUGAAUACUUGUUACUGUGUAAGACUCAAUGGAGAACGACUUAAUGUUAAGGAGACUCUCUUAGGUUUUUUUUUUCUUUUGUACAUAUACUUUCCAAAUGGUCAGUGGGAUUCUCUCUGGGGUUUCUGAGCCCUGAACUCCAUCCG